AUGGCAACCCAGGACGGAUACCAGGAUUCGACAAAUGUGGCAGCAGGACAAAGUUCCUCAAAUGACAUUGCUCUUCAGAUAGUAAAAGACGAAGAAGUCUCGGGAUCACAGAGUCGCAAUGACUUUCGCUUGCGCGUCCGCGGAAGACAUCCUCACCUCUACCAAGCGCCUGGAUACAUAUACAGUGCUGGCUCUGGGCUACAUUAUCGACACAAGGAUUAUGCUGGUCGCGUGAGUUACCAUGCUCUUUCUGAUCGGUAUAUACACCACCAGAGCGGCCACUUACGGAAUUUAUAUGUUGCCUGCACAAGUGACAUCUACCAAGGCCAUGGUAACUCGACUUGGAGGAGAACAUUUAUCAGAGUAGUGGCCCCCAAGAAAGUCCGAAUAGCUGCUUGGAUUAUCGAUGCCAGGCAUGCUGAGAAUAACAGCCAAAGUUGGCAUAAGAUGGUGCUUAGAUCCUUGCCUGCGAUAUUUGGCAUGGCCCUUGUUUUUUGGGAUGGCAGACCGACGAUACCGAGACGAAGACUGGCAUAUGCCCCGGUGUUGUAUAAGUACCACGGGGAUGCUAAGGCUUGGAGCAACAAGUUAGAAAAUAGGCAAGGCAUAUCGCCGUUAAUCGGGACGAACGAGUCGUAUCAGCUGCUUCGACCGCGCCACCUAUGCUUCCUUCGAAACCCUGAGAGUGACGAAAUCCAUGGUGUUGACAUUCGCCGCACUGAAGAGUGGGAAAUGACAGACGGCCAGAAUUCAUAUCUUUCGUAUCUUUUUGUUGCAUACUCUGCUUUACAAUUCAGUCACGAAUCUGAUGACGAUUUGAAUACACUCCAUCGCAUCGCUGAGACGGCUUGUCGAGCGGCCAAGUUGCCGGCUUAUUGGGUUGCUUGUAGUUGCUUCCAAGACGCAACUGAAAUAGAAUCAGAUGUAUAUCGAAUAUCCGAUGUUGUUCGUGGCGCGCACAGCAUGAUGAUUGCGGUCUGUCAGCCGAGCAACGCCUCCCACACAAUGUCAGUGGAUGAGUUACUUCGACAUUGGGGAAGCAGGAUGUGGACUUUUCCGGAGCUGCUACUCUCGCCUGGACAGAGUGUCACGGUGUACUUGCGUGGAAGUGAUCUAAACAAGCCCAUAGUCGUUCCUAAGAACCAAUUCGCGGCUAGGGUAUGGACCACCAUAGAUGCCGACAGCUCGAGACAUUUGAUCGACCAUUUCUUGGGAAAUAUAAACCUUAGUAGGCUUGAGCUGGCCACUAUCGGUCUUAAAUGCCUAUACAGCAGAAAUACUUCCGCAUAUUUGCCAGGCGACCAGGCUUACGCGCUGAUGGGGUUACUGAGACUUCGCCCUCAAAUCGACAGAACUGAUACCGCAUUCGAGGCGUUUUCUAGAUUGUCAUUGGCGAAUGACUCCGAUAUGCUGCUGGAGAGGUUCCUAUGCCUCCUCCCUUUAAGACCGCGACAGCAACCGUGGUACGACAUGAAUGACGCCUAUUUUUCAUCGCUAUGGGAGAUUACCCCAUCUUGCCAAGUAGCAGGCAUUGCAGACGGAGACACUGUCAUUGUUGACGGCGCUUAUGGUGUAUCUGUGCGUUGGAAGUCGUUUUAUCCCGUCUACUGGUCUACUGGUCCCUCCACAAAACGUUUCAUAGCUGGCAUACUCAUGGAAUGGAACGCAUUCAUCUUUCUAGCCGGAACCGCAUUUCUUGUUGCAGGCUGCGCAAGGAAAGGAGUAUACAGAUACGCAAUGAUACCCAUCGGCGCUAUGCUCCUCUUCAUUUUCGUGUACGUCUGGCUUAUGACGCCCCGAAUCGUACUGGCCAUGUAUGGGGAGAAGCCAUACGAGGUGCAAGCCGAGAUGUUCGGAUUUGAGGGGUAUCUGGACGCCGAGUCCAUUGAGCGAGCAAUAUUUGGCGGAAACUUCGGCCGGUUCACCUGGAGCACGAAUGGAAGCCCACUCAGUCGUUCCACUGUGAAUGAGUUUGGUGAGAAGAUUGGAAUAGACCCGUGCCUGGAUCCAGAGGUUUCUUACAAAGUUGCGACUGCUAGGGGUGCAUUGCCGGGGCAGAUGCGGAUCUUCACACUUGUCGACACGUAUAACAUGCAGCUGACGUUGUUUGAAUCUGAGCACCCUCCUGUUGCCUUGAUGUUCUGCGGGUCAGAAGGAGGAAUGCAACGAGCGCUUGGCUGUUCGUAUGAGUGGACAACUCAAACGAUGUAUCGAGAGACUGUUCUUCGCCUCCCAACUACGUCGCUUGAUAGAAUACAUCGGGUUCCUCGGUUCAGACUGGGCAUUUGUCGGCCGCCUUAUGGCGUGCAUCCCGUGGAGAGCCAGUCGUAG